AUGGCAGCCAGAGAAAAAGGUACAGUUUGUGUAACAGGCGGAACGGGAUAUGUAGCAUCCUGGCUGAUCAUGAGGCUUCUGCAGAAUGGUUUCUCCGUCCGAGCCACUGUUAGAUCCGACCCAGAAUGCAAGAAAGACAUCCGCUACCUCACAAAACUGCCAGAGGCAUCAAAGGAGCUCCAGAUUUUCCAUGCUGAUCUCAACCAACCAGACAGUUUUAACACGGCCAUUGAAGGAUGCAUUGGAGUCUUUCAUCUAGCCCAUCCCAUGGAUAUUGAUGGCAAAGAGCCGGAGGAAACUGUGACCAAACGGGCCGUGGAAGGAACGCUAGGGAUUUUAAAGGCAUGCCUUAAUUCGAAGACUCUGAAACGAGUCAUUUACACUUCUAGUGCAGCCACAGUACUGUACAACGACAAGGGCCUAAGUGUAAGCGAUGAGAGUACAUGGAGCAACCUUGAUAUUUGUAAAAAUAGCAAGCUUGUAAAUCCUUCUUACUUGGUUUCCAAGACCAUAGCUGAGAGGACAGCCCUAGAGUUUGCAGAAAAUAAUGGAUUGGAUCUUGUAACAUUGGUUCUUCCCCUAGUUGUGGGACCUUUUAUUUGUCCAACUAUUCCGUCCUCUGUCUCCUUGGCAAUGGCUAUGAUCUUGAGCGAUCAGGUCGACCGAUACCAUGAAUACCUUAUUUACUCGUAUAUGGUGCACAUAGAUGAUGUGGCUGGUGCACACAUCUUCCUUCUUGAACAUCAUAAUGCUAAAGCUGGGAGGUACAUCUGUUCAUCAGUCGAAAUAAACAUCCAUCAAUUGUAUGAAUUUCUUUCUUCAAGAUACCCGAGAUUUCAACUACCCAGAAUGGAAACCUUCAAUGGAGUUACAAGUUACAGGCAUUCAAGCCUCUCAUCGCAGAAGCUUUUGGAUACUGGCUUUAAGUUUAAGUACGGCCUUGCCGAAAUGUUUGAUGGAGCUAUCCAAUGCUGCAUGGAGAAGAGUUUUCUUUAG